CCAAAUUGGAUCGUCUUUCUCAUUAAUUCACCUUCUACGUCGUCCGCUCUUCACUUCUUCUCUUUAAUGUCUCACAUAGUUUCUUAGUUAUUGUGCAGAAGAUUUCUAGUGUAACCCUAAUAUAUCAACAAAGGGACUUGAAGAACAUAUUCAUAUAUAUAGCCUCUACUUACGCGAACAAUAUAGUCAAUGGAAUCUUGUAGCGUUCCUCCGGGAUUUAGGUUCCAUCCGACGGACGAAGAGCUUGUCGGGUACUAUCUAAGGAAGAAAGUCGCAUCGCAAAAGAUCGAUCUCGAUGUCAUUAGAGACAUCGAUCUCUACAAAAUUGAACCAUGGGAUCUACAAGAGCGAUGUCGAAUCGGGUAUGAGGAACAGAAUGAAUGGUACUUUUUUAGUCACAAAGACAAGAAAUAUCCAACGGGGACAAGGACUAAUAGAGCGACCAUGACUGGAUUUUGGAAAGCCACGGGAAGAGACAAAGCUGUUUAUGACAAAACAAAACUGAUUGGGAUGAGGAAAACACUUGUGUUCUACAAAGGACGUGCUCCUAAUGGCCAAAAAUCCGAUUGGAUUAUCCAUGAGUACCGGCUCGAGUCAGAUGAGAACGCACCGCCGCAGGAAGAAGGGUGGGUCGUCUGUAGAGCGUUUAAGAAAAGAGCAACAGGGCAAACUAAAAACACGGAAACUUGGAGCUCCAGUUACUUUUACGAUGAAGCCGUGUCAAGUGGAGUUAACUCAAUUAUAGACCCCAUUGAGUACAUAUCUAAUCAGAAACAUGACAUUUACGGAAAAGGUUUUAUGUGUAAGCAAGAGAUAGAAGGAAUGGUUGAUGAUCUAAACUAUAUGCAGUCAUAUCAUCAAUUCAUUCAGCUUCCACAACUCCAAAGCCCUUCUCUCCCGGUGAUGAAAAGGCCAUCUAGCUCGAUGUCUAUAUCAUCAAUGGAUAACAAUAGUAACUACAUAACCUCAUUGGAUGAUGAAGCAAGCUUUGAGUCAGUUAUAAGCGGAGAGAAUAAGAGAAAGAAUACGAAGAAGCAAGUAAAGAUGAUAGGAGAUUGGAGAGAGCUAGACAAGUUUGUUGCUUCCCAACUCAUUAGCCAAGAUAAUGGAACUUCAGAUUAUGUUGGUCAUCAUAUAAAUCAUGAAGAUAUGGAGAUGGAUUCUUCGUUGUUGUUGAACGAGAGAGACGAAGAGAACAGGUUCGUUAGUGAGUUAUUGAAUUCAAACACGGAUUAUGAUAGUGGGAUUGCGUAUUUGAUGAAUGAAACUAUAUAAGUGUCAUGUGAGAUUUGUUGGUCCGUUUGUCUUAUACAUUAUCAUUCAUAUGCAAAUUCAUAUAUGUUUAUAUGAAAAUAUGCUUCAGGGUACGUUGUGAAUACGUACUAUAUAUUUAUAUUCGAGUUUGAGUGUUUAGGUUAGAGUUACCAUUACCUUAUGAUGUUAUGAAUUAUUUAUAAUUUUUAGUAUAGAGAUGAUCAGUAAAGCGGUAGUUAAUUAAUAAUCAAGAAAGAUAAUAAUUGGUUUUUUUAUAAGAUUAUAAUGGGGCCAGGAGAUGUCGAGCGUGCGGUGUGCACAACGGGGUCCGUUGGGCAUGCUUUGUCGUCCACAAACAGUAGUACUUAACGAGACUUUGGGAGGAAGAGUCUUCCUUUACAUAAUUUUAAAACUUUAUUUCUAUUUCGUGUAUCAUAUGAAACAUUUUUGUUCUUUAUUCAAAUGGUAAAGUUGCUAUAUAGCAUGAA